ACAAAAUUUCAUAGCUUUUUUUAAAAUUUUUUUUCAAGGAAUCUUAAAUAAAAAUAUAGCCCAAUGGCACCUUUCAUUUUCUCAUGGGGUCAGCUAUCUGUUCGAGGGAGAUUUGGCUUUACCGUUUUGGGAUAAUCUAUCAUUUGGCAAAUGGUGGAGCAAUAAGGAAAAGAAGAGAAAAGAAGAAUAUUAAUUCAGAGUUAUGGCAUGCCUGUGCUGGGCCUCUUGUUUGUUUGCCACCUGUUGGAAGUCUUGUUGUUUACUUCCCUCAAGGCCACAGCGAGCAAGUUGCAGCUUCAAUGAUGCAAAAGGAGACUGAUUUCCUACCAAGCUACCCCAACCUUCCUGCAAAGUUGAUUUGCAUGCUUCAUAAUGUCACAUUGCAUGCUGAUCUAGAAACUGAUGAAGUCUAUGCACAGAUGACUCUUCAACCUGUAAGCAAAUGCGACAAGGAGGCAUUACUGGCAUCGGAUUUGGGCCUUAAGCAAAGCAGACAACCAGCUGAGUUCUUCUGUAAGACUCUCACAGCUAGUGACACAAGUACUCAUGGUGGAUUUUCUGUGCCUCGUCGAUCAGCUGAGAAAAUCUUCCCUCCUCUGGAUUAUUCAAUGCAACCACCUGCUCAGGAGCUAGUAGCUAAAGAUUUACAUGAUACUACAUGGACGUUCAGACAUAUCUAUAGAGGUCAACCAAAGAGGCACUUGUUGACUACUGGUUGGAGCGUCUUUGUUAGCACAAAAAGACUCUUUGCUGGUGAUUCUGUUCUCUUUAUAAGAGAUGAGAAAUCACAGCUUCUUUUGGGUAUAAGGCGUGCUAAUAGACAGCAGCCAGCUCUGUCUUCAUCAGUCAUUUCAAGUGAUAGCAUGCAUAUUGGAAUCCUAGCUGCUGCAGCUCAUGCAGCAGCAAAUAACAGCCCCUUUAACAUAUUUUACAAUCCAAGGGCAAGCCCUUCUGAGUUUGUGGUUCCCUUAGCAAAGUAUAAUAAAGCCAUGUACACCCAAGUUUCACUUGGCAUGCGAUUUAGAAUGAUGUUUGAGACUGAGGAAUCAGGUGUCCGUAGAUACAUGGGUACAAUUACUGGUAUAAGCGACUUGGAUCCUGUGCGAUGGAAAAAUUCACAAUGGCGCAAUCUUCAGGUUGGAUGGGAUGAAUCAACAGCCGGUGAGCGGCCAAGCCGAGUUUCAAUUUGGGAAAUUGAACCUGUUGUGACUCCAUUCUACAUAUGUCCACCACCAUUUUUCAGGCCAAGGUUUCCAAAGCAACCAGGGAUGCCAGAUGAUGACUCUGACAUAGAGAAUGCUUUUAAGAGAGCUGUGCCUUGGCUUGGAGAUGACUUUGGUAUGAAGGAUGCCCAGAAUUCCAUCUUCCCUGGUUUGAGUUUGGUUCAAUGGAUGAGCAUGCAACAAAAUAAUCAGUUGCCAACUGCCCAAUCAGGAUUUUUCCCAUCCAUGGUUUCCUCAAAUUCUCAGCACAGUAACCUAAGUGCUGAUGAUCCUUCCAAGUUGUUGAAUUUUCAAGCUCCCAUGUUGUCGACACCAAAUCUACAGUUCAACAAAGCAAAUCCAAAUCAAGUCAGCCAAUUGCCACAAACACCUGUCACUUGGCCCCAACAGCAACAACAGCAGCUUCAGCAAUUAUUGCAAGCUCCUAUAAAUCAACAGCAACAGCAGCAGCAGUCCCAACAACUGCAGCAGAAACCACCACAGCAACCACAACAGCAGGCACAGCAGCUGCUUCAUCCUCAACAGCAGCCGCAGCCACAACAACAACUACAACAGCAACCGCAGCAGCAGCAGCAGCAGCAGCAACAACAACAACAACAAAGACAACAGCAGUUUCCACAACAAAUGUUCCUUCCAAAUCAAAUAAACAAUGGUAUGGUUGCUCCCACCCAGAUCCCAAAUCAAAAUUCACACCAACCAGCUGUCUUCUCUCAGCUUCAGCAGCAACAGUUACUGACAAGCAGUGGCCAGUCCACCCAGACAAUUGUCCCUGCUAAUAAAUCUUCACAUCAGUUGACAACUUUACCACAAGACUCACAACAGUUUCAGAAGCAAAUUGAGCAUCAACCUAAUCUCUUACAGAGGAACCAGCAACAGACACCAUUGCAGCAGUCACAGCUGCAGUUGUUGCAGUCUCAAAGAAUACAGCAGCAACCACAAGUUCAGCAAUUACUACAGCAAGGUCUCUCAGAGCAGCAGAUACAAUUGCAGCUAUUACAGAAAUUACAGCAGCAGCAGCAUCAGUCACAACAAUUACUCUCGCCUGGAGGCUCGCUAUCACACCCUCAGAUGCAGCAACAACAGCAAGCCCAUCAACAGAACCAACAAUUUCAACAGCUACCACCUUCUCAGAGCCAACAGAAACCACUCAGCAGCAAUGGUUUCCUAUCAUCAACACUUAUCCAGCCUCAGAUUCCUGUGAACCAGCCCCAGAGCCACAACAAAACACCUGCAGCUAUGAGGACCCAUUCUGGUCUUACAGAUGGAGAUGCUCCUUCCUGUUCAACCUCGCCAUCAACCAAUAAUUGUCAGGUUUCUCCCUCAAAUUUUCUCAAUAGGAGUCAACAAGGGCCAGUCAUGUUGGCAACAGAUCCAGUCAUUGUGCCUGCUAGUAAUCUAGUUCAGGAGCUUCAGGGCAAGCCAGAUAUUCAGAUUAAACAUGAGUUGCCCAGCAGAACAGGACCAGAUCAAUUAAAGUUCAAAGGUACCAUGACUGAUCAAUUGGAAGCAACCUCUUCUGGGACAUCAUACUGUCUGGAUGCUGGUGCCAUGCAGCACAAUUUCUCACUGCCCACCUUUUUGGAUGGUGAUGUUCAAUCGCAUCCCAAGAACAGUCUUCCUUUUUCUGCUAAUAUUGAUGGAUUGGCACCUGACACUAUAUUAUCAAGGGGAUAUGAUUCUCAGAAGGAUCUCCAGAACUUGCUUUCUAAUUAUGGUGGUGCUCCAAGGGAUAUUGAGACUGAGCUGUCUACUGCUGCGAUAAGCUCUCAGUCAUUUGGUGUGCCAAACAUGCCUUUCAAGACUGGGUGCUCAAAUGAUGUUUCCAUCAACGAGACUGGGGUUUUAAAUGGUGGAUUGUGGGCCAACCAAACACAACGUAUGCGAACAUACACAAAGGUUCAAAAGCGUGGUUCUGUGGGAAGAUCAAUUGAUGUAAUCCGUUACAAAGGGUAUGAUGCACUCAGGCAUGAUCUGGCACGCAUGUUUGGAAUUGAAGGGCAGCUGGAAGAUCCACAAAAUUCUGACUGGAAACUAGUCUAUGUUGAUCAUGAAAAUGAUAUACUACUUGUUGGCGAUGAUCCUUGGGAAGAGUUCGUAAAUUGUGUCCAGAGCAUAAAGAUACUGUCGUCUGCUGAAGUACAGCAGAUGAGCUUGGAUGGAGACCUGGGUAAUGUGCCAGUUCCAAAUCAAGCUUGCAGUGGAACUGACAGUGGGAAUGCAUGGAGACACUACGAUGAUCACUCAGCGGCCUCAUUUAAUCGAUGAGGGUCUAAACUUUAAAGAUCAAGAGCUUCAUGUAUCUCCUUGCAUAUACUGACUGGGGCAUGUCAAAAUCUAGUGCGUGCGCCUGUGAUUCAAGUGAUCAAAGCCCUUCUAGCGGUGUGUAGUCACUGAGAUAUAGCAUACCCCCAUGGCGGACCAACCCAUUAGCAAAGCAUGGCAGUAGAGCUAUAGCUAGCAGGUUCUAAAUUUAAUCCCACGGUCAAGUCAUUCCGAAAUGAUUUAUGAUUCAACUUUAGGGUCUGAUUUUUUCUAAACUUUGGCCUUGAAUAGAGGGUUAGGACUUAGAAGAAAGGAUGAUCUGACAUUCUCUCUUGUAAAUGCUGCGAUGUAGAGCUUAUCAUGCAAAGGAAUGAGCAGUACUUGUAGCUAUUGAUUCGGCAGAUUAGAUUGGCAUGAAAUUUCU